AUGCUGACACCACGCGUUAUGCGCCAAAGGACCGUCUGGGUCAACGGCGUAUGGGGCUUCUUCUUCGCUGGCUCAUAUUUCGUCACGCUCUAUUAUCUGCCCAUCUAUUUCCAAAGCAUCGACAACAGCAAUCCGAUUGGCUCGGGUGUGCGCAACAUUCCUCUCAUUAUCAUGUUCAGCAUUACCACCCUUGUCACAGGCAGAAUCAUCACGAAGACGGGUAUUGCAGUUCCGCAUUUGACAGCUGGCUCUAUGGUCAUCUUGGCGGGCUUCGGAUACGGCCUCGCCCUCCAAGUCCCGAUCGUCAUUGCGCAGGCUUAUGCUGAGCCAAGCGACAUAGCUCCUACGACCGCGAUUCAGAUAUGGUAUCGAUCUAUCGGCAGCACAUUUUUGCUCGCAGCCGCGCAAUCCGGCUUCGCCAACCAGCUCGCGCACAAGCUUGCCAACACCGCACCGAGCGUCAGUCUCGCCCUCGUCACGGCUACCGGUGCUACUGAGCUGCGCCAGGUAUUUUCCGGGGCCGAGCUGGACGGUGUUGUGCGUGCGUACGCAUGGGGUAUCAAGGUUGCUUUCGCAAUUACUAUCGCGACCUGCGGCGUCACUGUCUUUGUGAGCUUGUGCAACAAGUGGCACAAUAUUAACGCGUUAGAACCCAAGGAUGGCGGUACUUGA